AUGAUGAUGAUCACACUGAACUCUUCCUCUUGUGCCAAACAUCCACUCUCCUCGUACUCUUCAUCAUUAACAGAUUUGGGCUGCACCACAAGGAUUCAGAAGAAGCCCAUUAGAAAGGUGGUAGAUUGUGCUCUACAAUCUCCCUCAGUCAUCAAUUUCCCAAAACAACCCCGAGAUAAAUCUCAAAUUACCCAAGAACCCACCACCCCUGCGUUGACGACAGACUCUCCCAAAAGGAUUCAGUUGAACCCAUUCCAAAAAGCCGCAGCAAUGGCCCUAGACAUAUUCGAGAGCGCGUUGCUUGCACGCGAGCUUCGACAACCUCUCUCCAAAACCACGGACCCACGCGUCCAACUCGCCGGAAACUACGCCCCCGUCCCUGAACACCCUGUCCAACAUUCCUUACCCGUAAUCGGCACAAUCCCCGAGGAAAUUAAUGGGGUCUAUCUUCGUAACGGCGCCAACCCAUUGUUCCAGCCCAAGUCCGGACACCACCUCUUCGACGGCGACGGCAUGGUCCACGCCGUUAAAAUCAAUGACGGCACUGCAAGCUACGCAUGCCGCUUCACCCAAACGCAGAGACUCAUGCAAGAGCACCAACUGGGAAAACCAGUGUUCCCCAAAGCAAUCGGCCAACUCCAUGGCAUUUCGGGCAUCGCCAGGCUUCUUCUCUUCUACGCUCGAGGUCUUUGUGGCAUCGUCGACCACCGCCGUGGCGCCGGCGCCGCUAACGCUGGCCUCGUUUUCUUCAACGGAAAACUCCUCGCCAUGUCCGAAGACGAUCUCCCCUACGAGCUUCGAGUUACCGCUUCCGGUGACCUCCAAACAGUCGGUCGUUACAGCUUCCACGACCAACUGGAUUCCUCUAUGAUCGCGCACCCUAAGAUUGAUCCUAUCUCCGGAGAGCUUUUCUCUCUGAGUUACGACAUUACCAGUCCCUGCCUCAGGUACUUUAAUUUCUCGCCGAAGGAGGUGAAGUCACCAGACGUCGAAAUCCGGCUCGACAUUCCGACGAUGACGCACGACUUUGCGAUCACGGAGAAUUUCGCGGUAAUCCCCGACCAACAGGUGGUUUUCAAACUGAGCCAAAUGUUAAAUGGAGGUUCACCGGUGAUGUACGACGGCAAGAAGACAUCGCGGUUCGGCGUCCUCCCUAAGCACGCCACAGACGAGUCGAGCAUCUUGUGGGUGGAGUCGCCGGAUACGUUCUGCUUCCACCUCGUCAAUGCGUGGGAGGAACGCGACACAGAGGAGGUGGUGAUAAUCGGGUCAUGCAUGACGCCCCCGGAUUCCGUCUUCAAUGAUAGCGAGGAAAAUCUGAGGACCAUCUUAACAGAAAUAAGACUGAAUCUGAGAACAGGAUCCUCGAGGCGCAGAGUUCUGGUUCCCAACAUGAACCUGGAAAUUGGGAUGGUAAACUGGAAGCGACUGGGGAGGAAAACUUGGUUCGCGUACAUGGCUAUUGCCGAACCGUGGCCAAAGGUAUCUGGUUUGGCAAAGGUGAACCUGGUGAGUGGAGAGGUGAUGAAACACGAAUACGGAGAGAGAAGGUUUGGUGGAGAGCCAUUCUUUUUGCCCACAGGCGACGGAGGAGACGAAGAUGAAGGGUACGUUAUGGCUUUUGUGCAUGAUGAGAUGAGAUGGCAGUCUGAGUUGCAGAUUUUGAAUGGCGUGGACUUGAAGUUGGAGGCUACUGUGAUUCUGCCAACCCGAGUGCCCUAUGGGUUUCAUGGGACCUUUGUGGAGGCUAAGGAUCUGGCCUCACAGAGCACUGAUUAAUCACCAUUGCAGUGACCCAGUGCUGCUGCAUGUGGCACAUGUGUACUAUUUUAUUGGGUUGCGUAUACCGAGACAGACAGGUCCCUCCCAGGUUCUC